GCUUCACUUACUUCCCCAAAUUACAAUAACCCACCAAACCAAGAAAAAAAAAAAAAAAAAAAAAAUACGCCUCCCACUUCAUCUCUCCCCCACAGAUGGAGUGGACUAGAGGCCCAAGAAUUGGCCACGGCUCCUCUGCCGCCGUGUCGGUCGCAGCCUUCCACAAGUCCUGCGAUAUCUUGGCCGUUAAGUCGGCCGACCUUCGUCGGGCCGAGCCCUUGCAACAUGAGCAGAGGAUCCUAUCAUCCCUUGACUGCCCUCACAUAGUCACCUAUAAGGGCUAUGACAUUACUAGUGAAAGCGGCAAGCGCGUGUACAAUCUCUUCAUGGAGUAUCUACCCCGGGGCACGCUCACCGACGAAAUCCGGAAGCGCGGAGGCAAGCUCGACGAGCCGAGGAUCACGCGCUACAGCCGCCAGAUUGCGCGAGGCAUCGAUUACUUGCACUCCCGAGGAUUAGUGCAUUGCGACAUCAAGGGCCGGAACAUUCUAAUCGGGGAGGAUGGAGCUAAGAUAGCCGACUUCGGGUGCGCGAAGUCGGCAGACGAGGUGGGAUCAUGUUGUGGCACGCCGGCAUUCAUGGCGCCCGAGGUGGCGCGUGGAGAAGAGCAGGGCAAGCCCGCCGACAUCUGGGCCUUCGGGUGCACCGUCAUCGAGAUGGCCACUGGGAGGUCGCUGUGGGGCGGUGACGGCGGCGAUCCGCUCUCGGUUUUGUACAGAAUUGGGUUCUCCGACGCGUCGGCGGAGAUCCCGGGAAGUCUCUCCGAAGAAGCAAAGGAUUUCUUGGAGAAGUGCCUGAGAAGAAACCCAGAAGACAGGUGGACCACUAGUCAAUUGCUCAAUCAUCCAUUUCUGGUGGACCCGACCACUUGUUCGAGCCCGAACCGAGCCUCGGACUCGAGUUCGAGCUCUCCGACUAGCAUACUCGAUCUAGGAUUUUGGAACUCGGUCGAGACGGAAUCGGAGAUCACCAAAAGUUCUAGCCAGUUCACGCAGUCAUGUGAAGAGGAAGUAUCACCAUCGGCUGCCAACAGGAUCGGGCAGCUGGCGGGCCCCUCGGGGCGGUGGCCCGGUUGGGCCGGCAAUGACGUGGAUUGGGUCACGGUGAGGGGAAAUUUCGGUGGAGGAGGAGAUCGUGAUGGGGGUGAUAAUGAUGAAAAACAUGGAAAUGCGGGUUCGGUCGAAGUCGAAGAGGUGGGAAUUGGUCCUGUCGGUAGCAAAGAACAAGAAGUUAGAUAAUGUUAGGUGGGAGUAUCCUUAGCUCAAGAACAAGCCGAGAGGAGCUUUAGCUUAAGCUUAGGUCAGGUUCCGCCGAAAGUUGGGUCACUGCUGUAAAUCCCUCAAUUUUGAUGUAAAUCGUUAAAUAUAACUCGAUAUUCCAUCAUAUGCUA